AAAAUGCGGUCAGGUUAGGGUAAGUUAAAAUUACAAUCAAGAGAUCUGUCAUCUGUCAAAUUACUUGAACGUCAUUACGAUAAAAAUGACAGUUUCCUUUCAAACGCAGCUCUUAAACGUUUUAGAGAAUAAAACCAAGCAUCUUGCAGUUAAAAAGACAUUCGCGCGUCCAUUAAUACAACUUGCAGUGAAAGCGAUAGAAUUGGAACACAUAGAAGAAGGUGUACUAGAGCGAAUAAGUAAGAAAUAUAACAUAUCUGAGGAGCUUGUGGAUGAAUUCUAUGCUGCUAUUCUCACAAUUUUGAAAACCCAUCUACGUUUACAAUGCCAUGAUAUGAAGCCUGCAGAAUUCAAGCAAUGUUUGGAGGAAUUAAAAUUGACUCCAGAUUGUAUAGAAGAUUUAUCCUCAGUGAUUUAUGGUCCAAAGCGACCAGAUCUAUUAGCAGGUUUAAUUCAAAGUACAAAGUUUAACCCACAAUUGAUCUCUUGCAGAUGGCGUGUAGAUAUUACAAUCUCCUCCAAUAUAAUAAACAGAGUGCUAGAGCCAAAUAUUGUGAUGGAAUGGAUUUUCAACACAGGUGAAUGUGUAAUAUUCGAAUUGUCUUUGGCAAAGUUUCACCAACUGAGACAUACUAUAGCUACCAUUCUCGUCGAAUUACAAGCUUUGGAACGGCAUAGUAUUUUCAAAGCUGUCCAAUCCAGCUAACAAUAAUUACAGCAACACAUUUUUGAAAGAAUUUAGAAAUUAAAACUAUCUGCAAUUCAUAAUUUU